UCCAGGAUGAGAACGAUGAUGACUCGUCUCGCCCUUAUUAGGUGAUACCGCGUCAUUCGAAUUAGAGUAGGAUUUCAUUUUUUGUAAGCGAAAUUUUUGGGCAGAUAUCCUGGGAGGAAUAAGGGAGUAAGAAUGGCCAAACCUGGCUUGAUAGUGGGAGAUUACGUUUGGGUAAAGCAAGUAACCAAUGGCGAAUUCGAUAUACCAAUCGGUGGUAAAGUAACCACCAUAGAAUCGAGCAGAAUUAAACUGUUGGAUGACGAUGGAACGCAACAAUAUGUGUCCAAGCAACAAGUGCUCAAACUUAUGCACGUCACCUCCGAAAAGGGGGUGGACGAUAUGAUUAAUUUGGGGGAUUUACAGGAGUACGCUAUACUGAGGAAUUUGCAUAAGAGAUAUAAGGAAAAGAUGAUUUAUACAUACACAGGAACCAUGUUGGUAGCAGUAAACCCAUACGAAUUUUUACCAAUUUAUACAAAUGCUCUUAUAAACGAGUACAAGGAUAAACGUUUUGAUGAAUUACCUCCUCACAUAUUUGCUGUAGGUGAUAACAGUUAUAAUGACAUGAAGAAAACCAGAAAAGAUCAGUGUAUAGUAAUCAGUGGUGAAUCAGGUGCAGGAAAAACUGAGAGCACAAAACUACUUCUACAAUAUCUAGCAUCGACCAGCGGCCAACAUUCCUGGGUAGAACAGCAAAUUUUGGAAGCUAAUCCUAUUCUGGAAGCUUUCGGCAACGCUAAAACCGUACGCAACGACAACUCAUCCAGAUUUGGAAAAUAUAUCAAUGUGGAUUUCAAUGUAAAUGGAGCGAUUGAGGGAGCCAGAAUACAACAGUAUUUAUUAGAAAAAAGUCGAAUCGUGUCUCAGAAUGAGGGCGAAAGGAAUUAUCAUAUAUUUUAUAGUAUGUUGGCAGGUUUGCCCAGGGAAGAUAAAAAGAGAUUUGGAUUGGAUAGUGCAGAAUCGUAUCAAUAUUUGAUAGGUGGCAAAACUCUAAUAUGUAACGACAGAAACGAAUCCAAAGAGUUUUCAGACAUCUCCGGCGCUCUCAAAGUCCUAAAUUUUUCCGACAAAGAAACCAACGACAUUUUUACCCUUUUGGCUGCAAUUUUACAUUUGGGCAACCUCAAAUUCAAAUCAGGUUCCUCCUCGCACUCAGAAAGCUCUGACGUAGCCGAUGCAGGCCUAAACGAAAGAAUAUCCAAAUUACUAGGGGUCGCUAAGCAAGAUUUGGCUGAGGCUUUGACUAAAAGAACUAUCUACGCUCACGGGGACACUAUUAUAUCGCCAAUGUCCAAAGAUCAAGCCUCGGAGUCGAGAAAUGCAUUUUCCAAAGGCAUUUAUGGUAAAAUGUUUAUAAAAAUAGUCAGUAAAAUAAACGAAGCAAUUUACAAACCGAAAAUACCACAUAAAAAAUCCAUUGGCGUUCUGGAUAUUUUUGGUUUUGAAAACUUCAAAGUGAACAGUUUUGAGCAAUUGUGUAUAAACUACGCCAAUGAAAAUUUACAGCAGUUUUUUGUACAACAUAUUUUUAAACUAGAACAGCAAUAUUACACAAACGAAGGCAUUAAUUGGUCAAAUAUUGAAUUUAUUGAUAACCAAGAGGCUUUGGAUAUGAUAGGCUUGAAGCCCAUGAACGUCUUAUCUUUGAUAGAUGAAGAAACUAAAUUUCCAAAAGGCACAGAUUUUUCUAUGGUAACAAAAUUACAUCAACAACAUGGCACCAAAAAAUACUACCUUAAGCCUAAAUCAGAUAUGACUCCAAGUUUUGGCAUACAACAUUUUGCUGGAGCAGUAUUUUACGACGUGCCAGGAUUUCUAGAUAAAAACCGUGACACUUUUAGUCAGGAUUUGAAAAAUCUUGUGAAAACAACGCAAAAUGAUUUGCUUAAAGAAAUGUUUAGAGAAGAUUUGAAUAGCGAAAGUAAUGGAAAGAAAAUGGUGACUUUGUCCUCACAAUUUAAGAUUUCUUUAGAGCUUUUGAUGAAAACUUUAGAGUCUUGUCAUCCGUUUUUUGUAAGAUGUUUGAAGCCUAAUGAAGUCAAAAAGCCACAAAUAUUCGAUAAAGCAUUAUGCUGCAGACAAUUAAGAUAUUCAGGCAUGAUGGAAACAGCUAAAAUAAGGCAAUCCGGAUAUCCAAUAAGAUAUUCAUAUCCAGAGUUCGUUGACAGAUUCAGAUAUUUGGGCAAAGCAAUACCGCCAUCUAGUAAGGGGGACUGCAAACAAUCUACCCAAAAAAUUUGCAAUGAAGUUUUCAAAAAUAACGAAGACUACCAAAUGGGACACACGAAAUUGUUUUUGAAGCACGUCGACAACGAGAAAUUGGAAGAAAUGAGAUCGGUAAUAUUAGCUAGGUAUAUUAUUAUUCUCCAAAAAGCAAUCAAAGGUUGGAUAUAUAGAAGGAGAUACUUGAAAUUAAAAGCAGCGGCCAUUGUGUUCCAGAAACAUUUUAGAGCUAGAGGGUAUAGAAGCAGAUUUUUGAAGAUGAGAAAUGGUUACCAACGAUUCCAGUCCAAAAUCCUUUCUCGUCAACUGACAUUCUCCUACAAAAAUCUACGACAAAAAAUCAUCGGUUUGCAAACCCAUUGUCGCGGUCGUUUAUCCAGAACCAACGGCCAGUUUGGUCGCAUCUACUCCAUAAUACGCCAAAAACGCAUCGACGAGUCCAACUUCAGAAAACAAGGCAAAAAGAAUGCUCCGCAGGAAGCCGGAAAGCUUAUGCAACAACGAUUGGCGGAAGCCAGCGCUGAUUAUGCUGCUUGGUUGAAAAAACAAGAAGAAGAAAUUGCCAAAGACGUAGAUCAAGUGGAGAAAGAUUUCGCCUUCUUGGAUGCCUCCGGAUUGGAUCCGCAAACUCCCGAAAGAAACAUUCCUACAUUAGCUGAUCAGCUUAACAGCGAGUCUAUAAAAUCUACAGAAGACUUAUCGGAAUAUACGUUCCAUAAAUAUGCUGCCACUUACUUUGUGCACGGCACUGGACAUCAACACGCUAAAAAACCACCACGUGGUGGAUCUUUACACGAGUUACCUACACCUGAUGAUGUUUUGGCUGCUCAAGCCUUAUGGGUUGUUGUUUUGAGGUUUAUGGGUGACAUGGCAGAUCCUAGAGGUAGCAAAGAAGUCGCUCCUCCUCCGGUCAUGAUCGAACUAAACCAAACAAUAAGCAGAGCAUUCACAAAUAGAAAAGAAUACCAACAAAUGAUGCAAGACGAAAAGAAACAAAAGAGCACGAUGAAAAAAGUUGAAAGGCAAAAGAUGACUAAUGCGACCCUUAGAAGGAAAACUCAGCUUUUGGACGACGUCAAACGCGGUUUAGUGGAAGACACUUUUGCUAUCAACAGCUACAAUGAUUGGAUAAAUAAUAGGAGGACUAAUAAUUUGGAGAAAUUGCACUUUAUUAUUGGGCAUGGAAUUUUGAGACCAGAAUUAAGGGAUGAAAUCCUGUGUAUCGUCUGCAAACAACUAUCAAACAACAACAGCAAAGCAUCAUACGCGCGAGGCUGGAUCCUCUUGUCUCUAUGCGUAGGAUGUUUCUUACCAAGCGAACGGUUUUUGCCUUACUUAAGAGCCUUUAUCAGGAGCGGACCGCCAGGAUAUGCACCAUUUACCGAAGCCAGAUUGAAUCGUACGAUGAAAAACGGUAACAGGACACAACCGCCGUCGUAUUUGGAACUUAUUGCAAAUAAGAACAAGCAACCUGUUCCGCUUAAAAUAGGUCUACAAAAUGAUUCAGUACAAGAAGUUGAAAUUGAUUCGGCAACGACAGCCGAAGAAGUAAUUGGGUUGAUUUCGAAAAGUUUGAGCCUCAAAGAUACUUUUGGAUUUUCUUUGUUCAUUAGCCUCUAUGAUAAGGUGAUGUCUCUUGGAAGUGAGGGUGACCACGUUUUGGAUGCCAUUUCACAAUGCGAGCAAUAUUCCAAAGAACUUGGUCACGAUGAGAAAAAUAGUCCAUGGAGGAUAUUUUUGAGAAAGGAAAUGUUUUCUCCUUGGCAUGAUCCUAGUUAUGACCCAGUAGCUACUGAUUUGAUAUAUAAACAGGUAUUCAAGGGUCUUAAAGGCGGCGAGUACCGUUGCCCACAAGAAGGGGAUGUAGCAACAUUAAUAGCAACUAGAUUCUACAUUGAAGAAGGAUCUACACUGAAUCCCAAGGUCUUACAUAGCAGAAUUGGAGAAUUCCUGCCAUUGUCCAUUGUAAAGUACGCUCAAGGUAACUUGGCCGAAUGGGAACUUAAAAUUGCGGAAGCCUUCCAAAUGCUUGUCUGCGUCAAACGAAAGAUGCCAGCAGCGAAAGCCAAAGAAUUUAUUGUUAUUUACAGGUACAGUAAAUCCACUUGGCCAAUCCUCUUCUCCAAAUUCUACGAAGCCCAACAACUCUCCGGACCUCCACUACCCAAGAAAAAAGUCAUCGUAGCAGUAAAUUGGACCGGUAUUUACCUGAUAGACGAACAAGAACAAAUUUUACUAGAAUUCAGUUUUGCCGACAUACAAUUCAUCACUUUCGAACACACAAACAACAUCCCGAAACUUAUGUUCACCACUGUGGCAAAAGAAGAAUACGUAUUCCAUACGCCCGAUGCUAAAAGUCUGAGCUCUCUAAUCCAAUUCAUCAUUGACGGGCUCAGAAAACGUUCAAUUUAUUGCGUGGCUACGCAAGAUUACAAACCGGAAACGGGCGAAUCUUUCCUCGCGUUCAAAAAGGGUGAUUUAAUUGUCCUGAAAAAUAAUACGAGAGGCGAAACGUUGCUGACAGCUACAUGGGGCUAUGGGGAAUGUAAUGGAAAGACUGGCGAUUUCUAUACUGAAAUGGUUUAUAUUUUGCCUACUUCGACUGUACCACCUCAAGAUAUUUUGACGGCAUUUAAAAAAGAUUUUGUCAUUGUUAAUGAAAAACAACAAACUGCCCCAGAAAUAUCAUCAAUACAACGUAUGCGUCAGCACACAUUAUCUGUAUACUCUGAAGAACACUUUAGAACUGCCAAGAAAGUAGAAACAUCGGGAAGACCCUCGGUAAUGAUGACAGCUAGAAGAAAUGACAGAGAAGAACUAUGGAAAUACACAAACGAACCCAUUUAUCAACCAUUAUUGCAAAAACUUAUGGAACAUGAGGAGGCCAGUAAAGAAGCUUGUAGCAUAUUCACAUCUAUUCUGAGAUAUAUGGGUGAUUUGCCAGCUCCAAAAGCCAAAUAUCCAAACGAAUACACCGACCAAAUAUUCGGACCGCCCUUGAAAAUCGAAAUGUUAAAGGACGAAGUCUACUGUCAAAUAAUGAGGCAAUUAACAUUCAAUAGAAUGUCAAUUAGUGAAGAAAAAGGCUGGGAAUUGAUGUACUUAUUGACUGGUUCAUUUGUGCCCAGCAUAAAUCUUUUGGAAGAAACAAAAAAAUUCCUUAAAACCCGAGUGCAUCCUUUCGUCGAAACUUGUUUGCAACGAUUACACAAAACUCAAAAAGUGGGCCCUAGAAAGUACCCACCGUAUUCCAUAGAAGUAGAAGCCAUUCAAACAAGAAGUAUGGAAAUUUACCACAAAAUCUAUUUCCCCGAUGACACUGAUGAAGCAUUUGAAGUUGAUUCUAUGACCAGAGCGUCAGAUUUAUGCAAUAACAUUGCUAUGAGAUUAGAUAUUUCUUCAACAGAUGGCUUCAGUCUAUUCGUAGCAAUUUCUGACAAACUAUUUUCUAUACCUAAAGAAUCAUUUUUCUACGACUUUUUGAGUGAACUAAUUUACUGGAUGAGAGCUACUAAACCUAGUUGGGGAAGUGCUGCUCCAAUUCAAGCUCAAUACCAAGUAAUUUUCAUGAAAAAACUUUGGGUGAACACCGUGCCAGGAAAAUGCAAAUAUUCCGAUCAAAUAUUCCACUAUCACCAAGAACUACCUAAAUAUCUUAAAGGAUAUCACAAAUGCACUAAACAAGAUGCUAUUAAACUAGCCGGACUAAUUUUAAGGGCCAGAUUUGGUAACGAUGUGCAAGAAGUACAAAGUGUAAUGCAAAGUAACUAUAAGGAAUUUAUUCCGCAAGAUUUAAUCAAAGCUACAAACUCUUCUGAGUGGAAAAAAUUGAUUUUGGCUGAAUAUAAGUCGGCUAAUUUGAGUGUGGAUGAAGCUAAAGAUGCUUUCUUGAAAACUAUUUAUAAUUGGCCCACGUUUGGGUCCACGUUCUUUGAAGUUAAACAAACUACAGAACCGUCUUAUCCUGAAAUUGUUAUUAUAGCCAUUAACAAGAAGGGUGUUAAUAUUAUUCAUCCACAAACUAAAGAUAUUUUGGCCGUCCACGACUAUUCCGAACUAGCAAAUUGGGGUUCAGGAAACACUUAUUUCCAACUAACCAUUGGGAACGUCAUGAGAAAAACUAAAUUACUGUGUGAAACGUCGCAAGGAUACAAAAUGGACGACCUGAUUACCUCGUACAUCAAGUUUAUGAAAGAGAGCGCGAAAAAGGAAAAAGAAAUUUCGAUGUUUUUAUAAAUCACAUUUUAUUUAUUAAAUAAUAAUUAACAAUCAUAUUUAUAUAAAAACCUUAAAUAAAUAAAUCAUAAAGGCAAAUUUACAUAGGUACAUAAUAUAACAAAAUUGACUAGAACACGACAGUCAAGCGCUCACUCUUAACUAAGGCAAAAUCGACUAAGAUUUAAGUAAUUGGUAUACAAAAUAUGGAACAUGAAUAGUGAUAAGUUAAAUUAAAUUUUGAAUAUAGUUACAAUUCAAAAAUUUUUGCAGUUAACUCAUCUUAUAUCGGAUACCAUAACGAGUAAAGCGUCCCAACAAACAGGAAAACCAUAAUAUAUAGUCUUAUUGUUACCGAUAUCAUGUGAAUUUUUCUGCUUUCAAAUAAAGUAGAAUUUCAUCUUAGUUUGAGGGUUAUCCACAAAAAAUAUGUAUAAUUUUGGUUGCCGAAGUAUUCGUAUUAUUAGAGCGAGCACUAAGAACAAUAGCUACCCAAACACACGUCUAAAAAAUCCAAAACUAUUUAUCCAUAAGUUGACUUAGCUAAAUUCCCCAGCAAUUUAUCAAUAGCCACAUCUCCAACUGUUUGUUUGAAUAACAACUCCUCCAAACUCCUUCUGGAAAUAUUCUGGAUCGCUGGCAGAGUCAAUAAAAGCUUACCAAAUCUGGCCUUGUGAUGACUUUGACGUUGUGCGCAAUAUUCGUGAAGCAUCACGUGAGUUUGGUCUUGUAGUAGCUCUACGUGAGUUGGUUCGCAGAGGCCUCUACAUUCUGCUUUAAAUAGAACUAAAGCUUUCAAGCAAGCAUGCUCGGUAUGAUCUACUCUGAGCAUGUUCAAUCGGGAAAUUACUUCACGGAGUUUUCUGGCUUCGUCCUCCAAGAUUGGGUGCCUUGUUGUUGGGGCUACUGCGUUGUUGAGCAGAACUACUUCAUCUAUUGGAAGAGCCCAUUGCGCAGCAGUCAAAAUGAAAAGUUCGCUCCAACUUUCUUCUAACAAGAUCGCUUGAUCUCUGUGCGAUAAUUGUAAAAAAGACGGUAUGGUUUUGGCCCAUUUAAUAGCCAAAAACAACAAUUUAGCGGCCGAUUCGUAAAUAUUUUCCGCAAAAAGUGACAGACACGGUACGUCCAGUGGCAUAUGAGCAGAAGAUUUUGCUUCAAUUGGCAAUUCCAGGCGUGAAUUAGAUAUUUCUACAUCUUUAAUUGUAUCUUGACUGCUGAUUUCUUCAGAACUUGUAACUUCGUCAUCUUUCAAACCACCGCCAGAUAUUUCCGUUUUCAAAUAAGGAAGAGUUUUUUCCGGAUACAACAUAGACGAACCCAUCAACAAUCCAGGCUUUAGAAACUGGCCGGCCAACAUACUGCUGGGGUAUAGUAACCCUUGCGGCAAGUAACUGUUCUGGCCUGCCAUCAUUGGUGGACUAAUGGAAUGUUCCAGUAAUGGAGACGUGGCAAAGUGUAGAGGGAACAUUGACGUUGGUUGUAAUGUACGGAAUCUUGGAGAUAAACCCACUGGAUAGUGCUGUAGGGUUGAAUGUGUUGUUCUUGGAGCUCUUUCAUGUUGAACAGCAUCUCUUUUCAUAUUGACCUGUAGACACUUUUUGAAUCUACAAGCCUGACACUGAUUUCUUCUAGUAACAUCGACAACACAUCUUCCGUUUUCUUUGCAACUGUACUCUAGAUUCCUUCUAAUGCUUCUUUUGAAAAAUCCUCUACAACCAUCGCAACUUGACACGCCAUAAUGCUUUCCUGAAGCCUUAUCGCCGCAAACUUUACAAAGGGUUUCUACUUUUAGCGAAGAUGAUUCCUCCAUAAUAAUCUACAAAAUGUAAUUCAACCCGAUAAUAGAUUAUUCA